AUGUCUUCGCGUCGCGUCCCUUCUGCAAGCCCCAUCCGGUAUUCUACACGAGAACCAGGAACCCUGUUCAGUGCACACCACGGCGCGCUCGAUGCAGACAACGACCAUGCCAUGGAGAGCGCGUCGACGCAAGCUAUUUUGAAGCGCAAAGCUCCCCCCCUCUCAGCUUCCCCUACCAGAGUAUCAAAGAUCCCACGGACGUCUCAGCCACGAAAUGCAAGGAACAUCUCCCGAUCGCUUUCCGACUCUCCUCCUCCUCCUUCUUUAAGCGAUCUUCUCAAUCCAGCCAAGAAGUCUAACUCACCUGCACAAGUAGUCAACACAGGAUUUAACACUGGUAAAAAGAAGAUGAGAAAAAUCAACGUAGGGGGUAUUACUGCGAAUAUUGCCACGCUUCCCAGCUGGUCGCGCUCUCCAUCCCACAUAUCGAUUUCUUCCGGUGACGAUCCCUCUGACGGCACCUUCGUCAUCACGUCUGACGAGGAUCCCAUCCGAUUUCGUCAAAAGUUGCCUUCGAGGACUCCUGUUGUGGGUGGCAACAAUGAGGACGAUGCAAUUGUGAUUUCUGACGAUGACGACGACGAGCCUGUUGCCCCAACAAUGUCCAUAUCCGCUCCAUUACCUCGUCGCUCCGUGAACACGAGCUUGACUGCAGGGCCUGCGACAUCGGCCAGCGCUUCCCACCUUCCACUUCUUCGGGCCACUCCGCGCUCAAACAUGAUAAGGGGUGUAGCGUCUACUCCUGACUUCUCGGAUGCAGGAUCUCCUCCAAAGUCGGACAAUGUAGAAGCUCCUCACAUUCCUGCGCCGAAUUUCACAGACGCCGAUCCCGCUGAACGAGCUGAUAGCCCAGUCGCCAGCCCGCAGGAUAAUCACUCGUCGCCAACUCUGAUCUCGCGGGCUGCAAGUGUUGAUGGCAUUGACGGAGAUUCACCUAUGCAUUUUGAGGUCGCAACGGAGUUCCCGGAUUUCUCGCCCGAACCAGAAGAGCGUUCUACUUCAGACCCUGCCAUACCAGCGUCACAACGCGUUCCAGCAUUGUCGCCUCGUCCAGAUCCCCCGGCUCCAAAUAUGUCUCCGCCGCCUCUCGUUUUGUCAUCAACAGCUCAAGCUGCUCUACCUCGGUCUCCACUAAUAACAGACCCUGCAACGACGCUUGGGGAGUCGCCAGACAAUCCAUCGUCAAAUCCCCAAUCUGAAGUCUCCUCGCCUGGUAAAUCUUCAGUAGCUUCAUCUCCAGCAUCGCCGCCAGUGUCCUCGUCGUCUCCAGAAGCCCACGACGUUGUCAACGACACAACAAAUGUUUACGCGCCCCACUUGGUCUCAGAGGUCUCAAAUAGCAUCGGACAAUCUCAAGAUCUUGAUUCUGCGCCUGUCGAAAUGUUGGUAGACGUUCCACGACCUACGUCUCAGCAGCCUCUGGAAUCCCCUUUUGUUUCUCCAAUUCCUUCCACUUCCCAGUUACCUGUGCUUCGUUCAUCUCCUGCUGUAGAUCGCACAGUCUCGCGACCUCUGGCCUCUCGUGUCACGCAACUCGCUUCUUCCCCCUCGCGUCCACCUCUCAGCGCGACGUUGUAUGGAGGGGCGAGCGGUUUCUUCAAGCACGUUUAUAACGCACGUCGUCAUUCCCGUGACACAACGGCUCAUGACACGCCGGUUUCUCAGCCAGUACCUCUCGCGUCGCUUGCACCGUAUAUCUACAAACAGUCUCCCGCACCCCAAAGCCCCCAAGGUGCAGAAGUAUUAUCCCAAGAUGACCGGGAUCAGUCAUCACCUUCGACUACAGGUACAUCACAGGAUAUACUUCGCGCAAUUGUAUCAGCCCUUGGGAAGGUGGAUCUAACGAAGUUAGUUCCUGGUUCCAACGUAUCUCCUGUCGUUGCUCAGGCCACUCUACAAGAAGCGCCGAGAUCUACUGCUGUGUCUGUAGAGGCUAAUAUUGAUUCACCGGCGCACAGUCUAAUGGCUGUUGAUGAGGACGAAGCUGCGCUCGCUCCUGUUGUUUUACCAGACAUCGAAGAGCCCAUGGCUGCUCAAGAUAUUGCUUCCGAACAUACUGUUGCGACCCCCCAAGCACUAGCCGCAGCAUCUGGAAUCUAUGGUCAUGGUCUUGAGAUGCCUGACCCUACAAAAGGAGCUGAGGCAGGAGCAGAGGAUUCGGACAUAUCCAAGAAAUUGACAGUCAAUGAAGCUGCGCAAGAGAGUGAGUCAACUAAGGUCACGGUGGUCGAGGCAAAUGCACAGAAACAGCCUGGAGCAGAGAGCUGCCCAAUGGGUCCUCCAACAUCAGCGGCUCAGUCGCUUUCUCUUUCUUCUCACCCAUCACCAGCAACGGGGAAGUUUACCAUUCCAGACCACAAAAUUGGGAAGGCAAAACUCGUGGAGAUUAUGAUACGGGCACAGCAGAUCAAGAGCGCAGCCUCAACGCGACGAUCACAGAUUGAAGUUUCCUAUGCUGUGGAUGGUUCAGCCCUCCGCGUUGACCUCGCCGACGAUGCUGAUACGAAAGACCUGUCUGCCACUCCGACAGCUUCUUCAACGCAAGCCUUAAUUCCUUCUGAUGCACCUAAGACGCCUUUAGUCAGGGAGAGGACGCCCGCCACACUUGUCGCUUCAACGUCGAGGCGUGAUGCAUCGCUGACACGAUCGAGCCCGUCCAUGACGCCCCCUCCAUCUGUGCCAGCGUCUCAACCCGCCUCCUAUCUUGAUCUCAUACGCAUGACGAAGCUGAGAGCGAAGCGCCGUUCAUUGAAUGCGGGGACGCCCUCACAUCAACGGACCCUUCAGAUCCGACGCUUGUCAAGUUUCCCGCUUGCACCACUACCCACCCCUCCGGUCGUUCAAGAUGACGAUCGGAAAUCUCCGGUUGUGUCACACGAUUUGAGCCGUUCGUCAGUUGAUUCAGUGCCCAGCGAUGGUACAGUGUCGGAAUCAUCUGCAAAUUUUCCGUCUACAUUAAUUGCAGAGCCUACAUCAGUGACAGAGCCGUCGAACUCCAAACCCCCCAUAGGUCACGCUGCAUCUACUCCAGAAAUUGCAGAAAAUCCUUCUUCGGUAGUAGAACACUCACUUCGAGCAAGCAUCGCGUCCUUGGACAUAGAUGCAGGUGUACAAGAGGUUUUACCUGUCAGCAACAUCGUAAGCUUCUCCGCCAAUCGAAUCACCCAACAUCACUAA